CUUUUUCCUCACUCACUCCCCUAAACAAUAACACUAACACUAACACACAUCCUCUCUCUCUCUCUCUCGUGGCUUGUCGGCCAAUCAUCUUACCUCAAUUCUCUGCCACCGAAAAAUCGCCGGAAUCUGCUGUAGCCCGGUUUUUAUCACAAAGGAGGGUUCGAUCCGUUGGGAGGAACUUAUAAUAUGAUCUGAGUUCUUGUUGUAUGUAUUGCUACUGUUACACUUUUAUAUAUCGCCUCUCAAGUUGAGAAUUGGAGAGAGAGAGAGAGAGAGAGAUGUAUGUAGUUCCACCUCCGAAACACAACGAUCCCAUAUCCGGAUCGGAUGGUUCACGGAUUUACCAGAUAUGGAAAGGCAGCAAUAUAUUUUUUCUUCAGGGGAGGUUUAUUUUUGGACCAGAUGUAAGAUCUCUGGCGUUGACCAUAUUCCUUAUUGUUGCCCCUGUCACAGUUUUCUGUGUCUUCGUUGCUAGAAAACUGAUGGAUGAUUUUUCUUACCACUUGGGAAUAUCAAUUAUGGUUGCGGCGGUUGUAUUCACUUUUUAUGUUUUAGUUCUUCUGCUGCUAACCUCUGGAAGAGAUCCUGGGAUCAUUCCUCGUAAUGCACAUCCUCCGGAACCAGAAGGCUAUGAUGGAAGUGCAGACGGUGGUGGUCAAACCCCACAAUUACGCCUGCCUCGUGUCAAGGAAGUAGAGGUUAAUGGCAUUACUGUGAAGAUUAAGUAUUGUGAUACCUGCAUGCUUUAUAGACCUCCCCGCUGCUCACAUUGUUCAAUCUGCAAUAACUGUGUUGAACGAUUUGACCACCAUUGCCCUUGGGUCGGGCAGUGCAUUGGGCUGCGAAAUUAUCGAUUCUUCUUCAUGUUUGUCUUCUCGACGACUCUUCUUUGUGUAUAUGUUUUUAGUUUCUGCUGGAUCUAUAUCGAGAGGAUCAUGGAUUCAGAGGAAACAACAAUAUGGAAAGCAAUGAUCAAAACCCCUGCCUCCAUUGUCCUAAUAGUUUACACCUUCAUAUCAGUGUGGUUUGUUGGUGGUCUUACUGCCUUUCAUCUAUAUCUCAUCAGCACAAAUCAGACCACAUAUGAGAAUUUUAGAUAUCGAUAUGAUCGAAGAGCAAACCCAUAUAACAAAGGAGUGGUGCAGAACUUUAUGGAGAUAUUCUGCAUCAGUAUCCCUCCGUCGAAGAACAAUUUCAGGACAAAGGUUCCAAGGGAACCUGAGUUACCAGCUCGGUCUGUUGGUGGGGGUUUUGUUAGUCCAAACAUGGGCAAAGGUGUGGAGGACAUAGAGAUGGGCAGGAAAGCAGUAUGGGGAGACAUUGGGGUAGAUCACCACGAAGAGCGACUUAGUGAGAAUGAUGGGUUGAACAUUAAGGAUGGUGGAUUAGGUGAAAUGUCCCCCGAGUUAAGGACGACUCAAGUUGAGGGGAAUCGUGCUGGAAUACAUGCCAGGAGAUCCAGUUGGGGAAGGAAAAGUGGGAGCUGGGAAAUGUCUCCUGAAGUUCUUGCUUUGGCAUCUAGAAUGGGAGAAGCAAACCAAAUGGGUGGGAGCAGUAGUAGUAGCAACUUGACAACCUCCCAACCCGCAGAACCUAAGUAA